GCGGGAGCCGGUGAAGGACGAGCAGCCCGGGCUCACCGAGCGCCCGGUGCCCGCCCCGCCCGGAGUUCGUCCUGCGAGACACGGGCCUCCGUCCUCAAGGCCGGCAAGACCGCCGGGGGCGGGAGGAUCAGCGCCCGGGAGCUCCCGCCGCGCCAGAACCCGGAGCCCGGAAGCCGCGCGCCGCCGCCCGCCAUGAGCGGCCCCCUGCGGCCGAGCCCGAGCAGCUGGCGGCGCGCGGCCUCCGUCGUGCUGGCGGCGGGCUGGACGCACCCGCGGCCCGCCGCCCCGUCGCCGCCCGCCGAGGGCUUCCGGCUGCUGCUGCUGCAGCGCGCCUCGAGCCAAGGCUUCUUGCCUGGGGCGCACGUCUUCCCGGGCGGCGUGCUGGACGCGGCAGACCGCUCGGCCGACUGGCUGCGCCUCUUCCAGCCGCACCACGGGCCGCCGCGCUUCGGCCUGGGACCGGCGCCGCCACCGCGCGCCGCCUUCCCGGAGCUGCCCGCCGGGCCCGCCGCUGCCGCCGCCGUCGCGGCGCUGCCGGAUGACGUAGCCCUCCGCAUCUGCGCCAUCCGCGAGGCCUUCGAGGAGGCCGGCGUGCUGCUGCUGCGGCCCAGGGGCUCGCGGCCCCCGGCGCGCGAGCCGGGCCGCGCCCUCGAGCCGCCGCCCGGCCUGGCCGCCUGGCGCGCCCGCGUCCGCCGCGACCCGCGCCACUUCCUGCGCCUGUGUGCGCACCUCGACUGCACGCCCGACGUCUGGGCGCUGCACGACUGGAGCGACUGGCUCACGCCCUUCACGAGCCCAGGCGGCCGCCGCUUCGACACGGCCUUCUUCUUGUGCUGCCUGCGCGAGCCGCCGCCCGUCUGCCCAGACUUGGCCGAGGUGGUGGCCUACCAGUGGUCAUCUCCAUCAGAGGCAACUGAAUGUUUCGUAGCAGAAAAAAUUUGGUUGGCACCCCCACAGUUCUAUGAAAUAAGAAGACUGGAAAACUUUGCCUCUCUCUCUGACUUGCACAAGUUUUGUUUGGAUCGUGCAUUAGAAGGGACGGAACGGUGGCUGCCAAUCACAUUAUUAACCGCUGAUGGGAGGCUCCAGCUUUUACCAGGUGAUGAGCUAUACUUAGAAGAUUCAGACUUUUUAGAAAAUCUUUUGUCCACUGAAAAAAAGAAUGAAGAAAUUGUGAAGGAAGGCAAGAAACUUCACCGAAUAGUGAUAUACAGUCGUCAUGUUUAUAGUAUCUACGUGACUGUUCAGUCAGCAUAUAAACACGUUUAUCCUAAGAACUAUGUAGUAAGUAAGAGCCGUUUGUAGAGUACUGCUUAUUUGUAAACUGGCCUACCUGAUGGUGUCCUAAUGAAUAAUGAAAGUUGACUAGCUUGCUUGGAACGUAAGGAACUUUGGGCUAUAGUUUUUCAUAUUUCAAGUAUAUUUUGGAGCUCUCUUGCUUAUUUUAUUCUUUAAAUCUUACAGUAUUACACAAGUGUAAAGAAUUAAUGAUCUCGUUACCAAAACGAGAAAAAAAAUUUCCCAAGGGUUUCCACUUCUGUAUUGUUUUAUUAUCAAAAGGUUAAACAGGGCCUAGCCCAGUGGCUUAGUGGUUAAGUUCGUGCACUGCACUUUGGCGGCCUUGGGUUUGCAGGUUCAGAUCCCAGGUGCAGACCUACACACCUCAUCAAGCCGUGCUGUGGCAGCAUCCCACAUAGAAAAUAGAGGUGGAUGGGCACAGAUAUUAGCUCAGGGCCAAUCUUCCUCACCAAAAAAAAAAAAAGUUUAAAUAAGAUGUUCUACCGCCAUUGUCUUUUAACUGUCCAGUAUAUUAGCACUUUUCUUGAUGUGCCUAGGAGAUUGAUCCAUGAAUUCCUUAAGUUUUCUGCAGAAAUUAAUUUAAGGGUGUCUGAUUACAUGGUGAACAGUAGACCGAGAUGACCUUCAAGUGACAAUGUCAUUAUUUUCUUAUAUCUUUAGCCUGAUGAUUAAGAUACAGUUCUGUUCAAAACCAAAUGGCAGGGGCUAGCCCAGUGGCACAAGCGGUUAAGUGCGCGCGCUCUGCUGCGGUGGCCCGGGGUUUGCCAGUUCGGAUCCCGGGUGCGCACCGGCGCACCACUUGGCAAGCCAUGCUGUGGCGGCGUCCCAUAUAAAGUGGAGGAAGAUGGGCAUGGAUCUUAGCCCAGGGCCAGUGUUCCUCAGCAAGAAAAAAAAAAAAGAAGAUUGGCAGAUGUUAGCUCAGGGCCAGUCUUCCUCACACACACACACAAAAGAAACCAAAUAGCAUUAGUUACUAGGUUUACCAAAUUGGAAACCAAUUUCAGUUACUAUUUUAAAGAAAUAGGAAGCCAUAAAAAACUAUGAUGAUUUUUACUAUGGAAUGCUAGUUAAUGAAUACAAAGAGGUUAGAGAGAUGCAGCGUUUAAAAGUAUUUAUUAAUGAUGUUUAUUUUCAGUAUUUUUAAUAUGGGUAAUUUUUUCAUGUCCUCUUAAGAGAAAUAAUAUUCAUUGAUUAAAGAUGAGAAAUGGUUAAGACACUAAUUCUAUUUCAGAUCUUUGACUAUAUUAUGCAUUGUACAAUGGAUUUCGUUUUCCAUGAAAUCUUAGUUUUCCUACCUAUAAAAUAGAAGUAUUGAUAAAUAAAGUUUAUGUGUAUUGUUUAA